CAUAAGGGUGUGGGUGUAUCGAGGGAAGCCGACCUACCUACCCACUACACCUAUCUGUCGCCAUGCGCACCGCCCUCCUCGCCCUCCUCGCCGCCUCGGCCGUCCUGGCCCAGAGCACCUCCGCCACCGCUGGUGGGUCCGAGAUCCCCGCCUCUACGGGCGCAGGCACGACGGGCGCCGGGUCGUCGUCGUCGGCAGCGGCUACGACCUCGGCGGCAGCCAGCGAGAGCUCGCACUCGCACGCCGCCUCGUCGGAGGCCGAAGCCGAGCCCUCGACGACGACGCACGCGCACUCUGACGCUCCUACGACCGCGGCGGCGGGCACCACCGCGGCUGGUGGCGGCGGUGGAAACGGCGGCGAUAAUGGCGCCGGAGCGACCAUCCCCACCGCCAAGGUGCCCACGUCUGCCGCGUCCGCACCCGCCCUCUCCAUCUCCACCCCGUCGAUCGUCUCCACCGCCAAGGUGAACGCCAGCUCGGCUGCUAACGCGUCCGCCGCUGCGUCCGCCUCGGCGUCGAAGAAGGCCGGCGCACUCGCCGUCUCCGUUUCCGCGGGGCAGGUCGUCACUGCCGUCUUUGCUGCCGUCGGCGCUGGCGCGCUCCUGCUCUAGCCGAUAGGUUCGAGCCAACGGACUCUGUUUUGUGUCGUAGUUUUUCUGCAAGACAUGCAUUCUGGUACUCUAUGGCUACAGACA